AUGGCAGUAGGCCCCUGGAUGUUUGGGGGGCUCUGCUUCCGUUUCCGGGAGAAUCCGGAAGUGGCAGCUGAGGGUCCUCUUCCUAUCCUCAGUGCGUUGGCAGUGAGAGGCGGACGGACGGCGAUGGCGGCGGUCGCAGCGGACUCAGCUGCAGCUGCCGUCGCAGCAGCCGCUGCGGACCGAGAGCCACAGCGCGAGGCAGUGCCUGGCCUGGAUGACCAGUGGCGCCAAAUCGAGAAUGGCGAAAGUGGGCGAGAGCGUCCACUGCGAGCUGGCGAAAGUUGGUUCCUUGUGGAGCAACACUGGUAUAAACAGUGGGAGGUGUACGUGCAGGGAGGGGACCUGGACGCCAGCACCUUUCCUGGCUGCAUCAACAAUGCUGAGCUCUUUGAAGAUGAGAUUACCUGGUGCCUCAAGAAGGGACUGGUGGAAGGUGAGGAUUAUGUGCUGCUCCCAGCAGCUGCUUGGGAUUGCCUGGUCAGCUGGUACGGCCUAGUGCAUGGCCAACCGCCCAUUGAACGCAAGGUCAUAAAGCUGCCCAGCAUCCAGAAAGUGGAAGUGUACCCAGUAGAGCUGCUGCUUGUCCAGCACAGUGAUAUGGAUGCAGCCCUCACUGCUCAGUUCAGCCACACGGAUUCUCUGGACCUGGUCUUGCGCACGGCUCGGGAGCAGUUUCAGGUGGAGCCCCAGGAAGACACACGCCUCUGGGUCAAGAGCUCAGAGGGCUCUUUGGAUCGGCUGUGCAACACACACAUCACACUACUUGAUGCUGCCCUCGAGAAUGGGCAGUUGGUCAUCAUGGAGACCCGAAACAAAGAUGGCACUUGGCCCAGCACACAGCUGCGUGGCAUGAAGAACAUGUCGGAAGAGGAUGAGGAUUUCCAAGGCCAGCCGGGCAUCUGUGGCCUUACCAAUCUGGGCAACACGUGCUUCAUGAACUCGGCCCUACAGUGCCUCAGCAAUGUACCACAGCUCACUGAGUACUUCCUCAACAACCACUACCUGAAGGAGCUCAACUUCCGCAACCCACUGGGCAUGAAGGGUGAGCUUGCUGAGGCCUAUGCAGACCUGGUGAAGCAGGCAUGGUCUGGAUACCACCGCUCUAUUGUGCCAAAUGUGUUCAAGAACAAGGUCGGCCAUUUUGCAUCCCAGUUUCUGGGCUACCAGCAGCAUGACUCGCAGGAACUGCUGUCAUUCCUCCUGGAUGGGCUGCAUGAGGACCUUAAUCGGGUGAAGAAGAAGGAGUAUGUUGAGCUGUGUGAUGCUGCAGGGCGUCCAGAUCAGGAGGUGGCUCAGAAGGCCUGGCAGAACCACAAACGGCGGAAUGAUUCUGUGAUCGUGGACACUUUCCAUGGUCUCUUCAAGUCCACGCUGGUGUGUCCCGAUUGUGGCAAUGUGUCUGUGACCUUUGACCCCUUCUGCUACCUCAGCGUCCCACUGCCUGUCUGCCACAAGAGGGUCUUGGAAGUCUUCUUUGUGCCCAUGGAUCCCCGCCGCAAGCCAGAACAGCACCGUGUUGUGGUCCCCAAGAAAGGCAUUAUCUCGGAUCUGUGUGUGGCUCUGUCCAAACACACAGGUAUCGCACCAGACAAGAUGAUAGUGGCUGAUGUUUUCAGUCACCGCUUCUAUAAGCUCUACCAGCUAGAGGACCCUCUGAGUGGCAUCUUGGACCGCGAUGAUAUCUUCGUAUACGAGGUGACAGGUCGGAUUGAGCCCAUCGAGGGCUCACGAGAUGACAUCGUGGUUCCUGUUUACCUGCGGGAGCGCACCCCAGCCCGAGACUACAACAACUCCUAUUAUGGUCUGAUACUUUUUGGGCACCCUCUCUUGGUGUCAGUGCCUCGGGACCGGUUCUCCUGGGAGGGCCUAUAUAACAUCCUGAUAUACCGGCUCUCACGAUACGUGACCAAGCCCACCUCUGAUGAGGAGGACGAUGGAGAUGAGAAAGGAGACGACGACGAAGAUGAGGACAGCAGCGAUGAGGAGGAGAAAGAUGACAUGCCUGGGCCAUCCACCAGGGGCAGCCUCCGAGACUCCGAGCGGGAGCAGGCUGGGCCCAGUUCUGGGGUCAACAGGAGAUGCCCGUUCCUUUUGGACAACUGUCUUCGCACAUCUCAGUGGCCCCCAAGGCGACAGCGCAAGCAACUCUUCACUCUGCAGACAGUGAACUCCAAUGGGACCAGUGACCGCACCACCUCUCCUGAAGAAGUGCAGACCCAGCCAUACAUCGCCAUGGACUGGGAGCCAGAAAUGAAGAGGCGCUACUAUGACGAAGUGGAGGCUGAGGGCUAUGUGAAACAUGACUGCGUGGGCUACGUGCUGAAGAAGGCCCCAGUGCAGCUGCAGGAAUGCAUUGAGCUCUUCACCACUGUGGAGACCCUGGAGAAAGAAAACCCCUGGUACUGCUCUUCCUGCAAGCAGCACCAGCUGGCCACCAAGAAGCUGGACCUGUGGACACUGCCUGAGAUUCUCAUCAUCCACCUGAAGCGCUUUUCCUUUUCCAAGUUUUCCCAUGAGAAGCUGGACACCCUAGUGCAGUUUCCUAUCCGGGAUCUGGACUUCUCUGAGUUUGUCAUCAAACCACAGAACAAGUCAGCUCCGGAGCUGUACAAAUACGAUCUCAUUGCGGUUUCCAACCAUUAUGGGGGCAUGCGUGAUGGACACUACACAACAUUUGCCUGCAACAAGGACAGCGGCCAGUGGCACUACUUUGAUGACAACAGUGUCUUGCCUGUAAAUGAGAAUCAGAUUGAGUCAAAGGCAGCGUAUGUCCUAUUCUACCAACGCCAGGAUGUGGCACGCCGCCAGCCCCAGCCCAGCUCAUCUGGCCCCCUGGCAUCCCCAGCCUGCGGUUCCUCACCCAACCCUGAGUUCAUGGAUGUUAACUGAGGUGUCCUGGGACCCACACAGGGAAAGAAGGCCUCUCUGCCACCCUGCUUCUAUUGUCAAUCCCUCUCUUCCCCAUGUUCAGUGCCCCCCCCAGGUGUUGGCAGGCUUAGUCCAUGGCUACUGUUUUGUGCCGCUGCGUUGCUCUCUCCCAGGAAGAAGAGGCCCUGUGCCCCUGGCAGUGUGCCCCCGCCUGUGUGUGCCCUGUAGAACAGUGACCUUCCCUCUUAGUCUUAUUUAUGGUGUCCCCUUCCCUUUCUUCACCCUGGAGUGUUUUUAGUGGCUGGUGAUGGGGGUUAACCUGGACACAGAGUGUAUUUUCUUAUUGAGACCCUGUACCUUCUGCUGUGUGUGUUAUAUAUAUAAAGCUCCAGUCUGUUCCUUACUCAGCAGUGUGGUUUUCCCUGUGCACUUAUCACCAGUUUAGGCCUGUGUUCUGUGUGCUUAUCAAGGUCCAGGUGUGUGUGGCAGAUGCUGUUCUGAAUGUUUAUUGAGCACCAGCUGUGUGCCAGGCACAUACAUCCCAGCUAUGUGCCCAGCUUUUCCCAAAGCAUUUUACAAAUACUCAGUCCUCAACAGUCUUAAUGUGUGAGUUGUGAUCUGUGGUUUCAGAUGGGGAAAAUGAGGUACAGAGGUGAAGGAAUGGCUUGGGGUCUGUCAGGAGGUUGGUGUAAUCUCAUUGGUCACACUGGACUUGGUUUCCAGAGGGGGCAUUUGACCUGUCUGGACCCCAAGGCUGCAGAUCUUUCUGGGAACCUGAGUUUUACUACGGCUAACAUGCAGAGGGCUACCUGGAAGACAGGCAUCCCUGUGGGCAAACAUGGUUUCAGGAUAUAAGGGUGCUCACCACCGCACCUCUCAGACCCCUGACAGUGUCUUCUGAGAGGACUUAGACCCUCUGAGAACUGAUGUGGAGAUGGUACACCUGACCAGACUAGCCAGGUGACAGGGCAGACGUGUCUUUGUCACCCCAGCAGGACCCUAGCUCCCAUAACCAGGCAGGUGCCCUCCCGCCUCCCCAGAGAAGAGUGAGAUGGGAGCACCUGUCACGGAAUGGGACUGAGCAGACAAGACGCUGUGUGAGCACUGAACAUCUCCCAUUGAGCCCCUCCCAGAAGAACCAGUUGUCACCUCUGAGAACCUAGGCUCAAGUGAGGACAGCUGGGGGAUGGAAUAGAGAGGACAAAUGUGUGGCAUCUGGACAUACAUAAGCUACCUAGCCCUUCCCUGUGAGGGAGAGAGGCCUGA